UACCAUACGAAGCUGUAAAAAAAAAUUCGUAUUACUUCAACCGGAAUCCGUCGCAAUGACCUCUGAUUCCGGUUCUUCGACCUCGUUCGAUGAUGCCACCGACCAAAACCCUAACAUUAAUCCUCCCGAAACAACCGAGGAUCGGUUGCAGAUGCUGCAAUUGGAAGAUUCCAAUGGUGUUGUUGAUGGUGAGGAGACGUCGAAUCAGAAAGACUUGGGCGAGGCGGAGAAUGGUUUAGUGGUUGCAGAGCAUAAUGGGACGGAUGGGCCUCAAAUCCAAGAACCGGUCGUGCGUAGUCCCCCGAUGAUUUCAGCAUCGUCUGAAGCUGGUGAAGAGGUCCGGGAGCUUUCUUCUGUUGGGGUUGUGUUUAGAGACAAUUCAGAGCUUGAAGUCGAUCAGCCAUUGAGCCCUAGUAGCAGUGGAUACGCUGGAGAAAGGGGUAGCAGCAGUGCUACCAGUGCGUCUGAAAUCGAGGAGGUUGAUGGGAACGAAAUAGAUCAUACAGUGACUCAACAGGUUUGUUCUGCUGAUGCUUCUUCGGAUUCAGUUUCGUGGAUUCCUGGGAAACGGCAUGUCGAUGAGGAUGAUGCUUCAAUUUCUUGGAGAAAAAGGAAGAAGCAUUUUUUUGUGCUGAGUCACUCUGGCAAGCCGAUAUACUCCAGGUAUGGAGAUGAGUACAAGCUAGCAGGAUUUUCAGCAACCUUGCAAGCUAUCAUUUCCUUUGUGGAGAAUGGGGGAGAUCGUGUUAAAUUUGUGAGGGCCGGGAAACACCAGGUGGUUUUUCUUGUGAAGGGGCCUAUUUACUUAGUCUGCAUAAGUUGUACUGAAGAACCAUAUGAAGUGUUAAAGGGGCAAUUGGAUCUUAUUUAUGGUCAGAUUAUACUAAUUUUGACGAAGUCAGUAAAUAGAUGCUUUGAUAAGAACCCGAAAUUUGAUAUGACACCCUUGCUUGGAGGGACAGAUGCUGUUUUCUCAUCACUGAUUCAUUCCUUUAGCUGGAACCCUGCUACAUUUCUUCAUGCUUACACUUGCCUCCCUCUUGCAUACCCAACAAGGCAAGCAGCAGGUGCUAUACUGCAAGAUGUUGCUGAAUCUGGGGUUCUUUUUGCAAUAUUAAUGUGUAAGCACAAGGUUGUCAGUCUUGUUGGUGCACAAAAAGCUUCCCUUCAUCCUGAUGAUAUGCUGCUACUUUCCAAUUUUAUCCUGUCUUCUGAAUCCUUUAGGACAUCCGAAUCAUUCUCACCAAUUUGCUUGCCAAGAUAUAAUCCUAUGGCUUUUCUGUAUGCCUACGUCCAUUACCUUGAUGUAGAGACGUACUUGGUGUUGCUUACGACUAGUUCUGAUGCUUUCUAUCAUCUUAAAGACUGCAGGGUUCGGGUUGAGAUGGUCCUUUUGAAGUCAAAUGUUCUCACUGAAGUUGAGAGAUCCAUGCUAGAUGGUGGUCUGCGAGUUGAGGAUCUUCCUGUCGAUCCUUCUCCUCGCUCUGGAUCUUUGUCUCCCCAUUUGGGGCAGGACAGACUUUCAACUGAAUCUCGGGACAGAUUCAAAGAAGCACAUCUUGGAAUUGGUGGUCCUUCUGGACUUUGGCACUUCAUUUAUCGAAGCAUUUUCCUGGAUCAGUAUGUAUCUUCAGAGUUUGCAUCGCCAAUUAACAGUUCCAGCCAGCAAAAAAGACUGUAUAGAGCCUACCAAAAGCUUUAUGCUUCCAUGCAUGAUGGAGGAACUGGGCCCCAUAAAACUCAGUUCAGAAGAGAUGAAAACUAUGUUCUUUUAUGCUGGAUCACUCAGGAUUUUGAAUUUUAUGCGGCAUUUGAUCCACUGGCUGACAAGGCUUCGGCUAUAAAUACCUGCAACCGAGUCUGUCAGUGGGUGAGAGAUGUAGAAAAUGAAAUUUUCUUGAUGGGAGCAAGCCCUUUUUCCUGGUGAUCUUUUCCAUUACCUUUAGACCCAAUGUAUUUAUUUUUAUUUUUCUAAUAAAACCUUCAAUUCUAUUCUGUGAACUCACGUAAUUGGAUUAUUGGAAGAGGAUGCCUUUAUUCCUGCAUCUUGAUUAUUUCGUUAAGCAAAAUAAAGAUUCAUACACUCCAGCAGCAUCAGUUGUGUUUUAAUUGUGUUGCGGCUACCAACAC